UACAAAUUUAAAGAUGGUUCGACUCGCGACUUAUCAACAAAAUUUCGUGGGUAAACAUUUUACAAAAAAGGAAAACUUUGAAAACUUUGUUGCUGCAUGCAUGGUGAACUUUCAUGCUUAUAGAUCGAAAGCUUUUUCGAAAGCAAUAAACGUGGUGUUGCCACCGAACAAAUCAAUUAUAUUGGUCGCCAUCCAAACCGACAAAGAAUGAACUGUGUAUAUAGAAUUGAAUCCACUUAUAUUUCCAAGUACUGCUUUUGGUGAUCAACAUUGUUCUUUGUAUAAAGUCAGUUUUAUUAACAUAUUAUCGUGUUUUCCCAGGAAGUACAGUGCGGAACUACAAAGACAACGAACUCGUGGUUUAAACAUUUAACUGGCUAACGCUUUCACUGUAUCAGUUUCCACAAUCAGCAGCAGAAUGUCGUGGCUAGUUUAUCGCUGGUUACUCUUGUAUGGUUUAACAUUAUUUGUGUUUAAAGGUAGGUAUUUUAUAGUAAUAUAGCAAACACAAUGUUGAAAUCGAGGUUAAAAGGUAUUUUUAAUAUUGCUUUAUUGGAUUCACCCAAUCAGUUAUAAUAAUAGUUCCUCAUGAGACCAAAUAACAAAAUUCCUCAUGAGACUAAUAAAUUCAAUAUACAAUUCGUAUGUAAUAAAAUUUAUUUAAUAAUAAUAAAAUUAAUAAAUAUUAAUAAUAAUAAUCUGCAAGGUCAUGCAAACCAAACCUUACCCUACACAUUAAUGAAAUCAAACUUGAACUCAACUACCGAGCUGUUGGCUUUUGGUCAUUAAACCAAUGCUCCAAGCUGGCUUGAAAGAUAAAUUAGGCGGUGUCAAAAUGCACAAGUAUCAGUAUGCUACACUGUAAAUUUCAAGGAGUUAAAUUAACUCCAAAAGUGUUAUACUGUCACAAAAAAACGAUGACAAAACAACACUUUUGGAGAUGAUUCAACUGCUUGAAAUUUACAGUGUACUUAGACGUACGCAAUUUAGAGUGUUAGUCAUUGGCUUUAGUUCUAUGUUCAGUGUUACUGUACGUUAUGUUUGGCACUGUUUUAGUAAUCUAGUUUUGUCGCUUCUCGCAUGCUAUACACGAGACUCUGUUAUGGGUGAGGGGGGAUUAAAAAAUUCAUAACUACAUGGUAAAAUUUGAGAGUAUUAAUCUGUGAGAAUUUUAAUCUAAAACUAAAAUAUCCCUAAAAAUAAAUUGGCACAAUAAUUCUUCGUCCUAAAAUCCUAAUGCAAUAAUCCAUAAUCUUUUUUUUUUAUACCUUGUAAAUAAGUACUCUAGGUUGACAAUUAUACUUUUGAGUUGAAUUAUCAUCUUGAAUUUUCAACUAUAUCCCGGAUUUUUAAUUUCAUACCAUUUGUCGUAUGUACUGUAAUGCAAAAGUACGUUAAAUAGGUUGUUGAGUUCUUAUUUUUUGUUUGCAGGUUGUCAGAGUCUUUUUCUCAGGCAUACUCAGUCUGGAAAGUGUAUUGCAGCAGGAAGUCAGAUCUCGGAUGAUAUUAAUUCGAGAAGUUACUGGGUUGAAAUGGUUAACAACAGCUUGAAUGUUAGUGCACAGUUCCGUUAUCUCGAUACAGAACUGUUACAAAAUAUCAAGACUGGAGGGACAUUAGCGUCUAACGCUAAGAAUAAAAUGAAAUUCCUAAAUCGUUUAUUCAUACAUUACGGCAAAAAUAAACAAGGAAAAAAGUUCCAAAGCAGUAGUGAUCAUCAUUUGAAACAAACAGAUGCUGGAUCUUUAUAUCUUUACGAAGUGGACUUUUGUGUUCAGCCUAAUAGAAGUUAUGUUGAUCUGAAAAAAGAUGGAUGUAGUAACGUAGAACAAAACUUUACUUUUGGUAAGUGAAUAUUCAGUACUUCAAUUUUCAAAUACAAGCUUCGUAAAAUCUUUCUCAAUAAGCUUAACCUAAUAACCUUACUAACACCAUCUCGAAGACCUGUUUUGUAAAAAUUGUAAAUAUUUACAAAUUAUAAAUGUAAUUAAUCACUAGUUAACUUCGCUUUCAUCUUUCAUAUCAUUUCAAUCUUAUACCCUUUUACGUUUGCAAAUAUUGUAAUUUGUGUAACUACUAUGCAUGAUUAAAUACGUCAGUGUACCGCGUACACUGUAAAAACAUAUUGGUUAAAAUAACCAGUUUUGACAGUUGUUACAGGGGACAUUUCAAGCUCUAGAACAUACUCUAUAAAAUACCACUUAAUAACAGCAGUGCUGUAUUCUGGAAGUAACUUCGUUACAAGUAACGAUAUUACUAAUCGUCACUUUUUUAGGUAACUGUAACAGUAACUAGUUACGUUUUGAAAAGAGGUAACUGCAUGACAGUGUUACUAUAUAACUAGUUACAUUUUGGCUUAAAAUGGAACGAUAACGCGUUACUUUUCAGACCAACGUUUACGUUGCAUUUUCACGUUAAAAUAUAGUAGGCUUAUAUGCUAUUUUGUUUAUUCUAUCAACUUUUAUUACAUGUAUCUAAUGUGGUCAUUAAACCGAUUGACUGUACAAUAACUCCCCUCCCAUUCCAGUUGGACUAUCCUAUUCUUUACAGUAAUUUACUUAUUAAAACCUGCAGAUGUAACUUUAAACAAGCGGUUACAAAAACUAUUGAAAGUAACUUUUUAACCAGUUGAAACCAUCGUGAAGUAACUUUGUAAUGUUAACUAUUAAUAGUUACAUUUUUGUGGCUUUUACCGGUAACUAUUUCUUUUUACGAGGAUGUAUAACUGUAACUAUAGAGUAUAGUUCCAAAAACAGCAUUGAAUAACAGUUAACCAAGGUCGCGAGAUUGCCAACUCUCGUGCACUCUCAUCCUCGUUUGAUCUGGGCGUAUAAGUAAAUUCGUACUAGUUAAAACAUGAGCAGCCGAUCUUUAUCUGAUAUACAAACUCGAGCGCUAGCCGAAUAUCAGAUAAAGAUCAGAUGCGAAUGUUUUAACGUGCUUAAAGAACGACCCAUCUUACGAGUUCAUUGGCGAAGUAAUUUUAAAAAUAAACAUUGUCUGAGCCGAGAAAAUCAAAGCUGCACGAAGUUUAUGUAAAUCAGGACAAAUCUUUUUCCGAUUUACAAACAUUGAUUAAACAUUCAUUUCUUUUGAAUUUUCUUCAUGAAUUAUUAAUGCAGCAUGCAUGCAGGUCUAAAACCGUCAUAAUUGAACUUAGAUUGAAUUCUAAAAGCACACUGCUCUCUGUGAGUCAGAAUUAAAGUUUGCAUUUACAAGUCUUCAGACAACCUUUUUACUUAUGAUGACAAAAAACUUCAAUCUUGGCCAAAUGCUUGUAGAAUGUAGAACGACUAAACGUUUGCACUACUUUCCCCCUAAAUUUAUUUUUAUUACAUUUUAUAACUAUAACAUUCAAACUCCCCCCGCGCCGUUAUUUCGGUCACAAUAAUGUUGUGCCAGAUUUUCAGGUAUUAUAAUUGCAUAAAACAUCAUUUAAUUACUGGAAAGGGGGAAGGAGGUGAUUAUAUAAGGAGAACAACGUCCGUCGUUGCAUGUGCGCUGUUUAGCCAAGAUUGUAGGUAAGCUACAUUUUUGAGGCGUACGUGCAUCUAUUCGGAGAACACAACUGAUAUUUCCCUGAAAUAAGGUCAUCAAGACUAAGGCCCGGUUUAGACGCCGUGCUUUUCAUGAGCCGAACUUAAUACAAUGAAUUAAGCACAUGAGAAGCACGGCGUCUAAAUCAAUUAAGCACUGCACUUAAUAUUAAGCACGGCUAAAUUAAUAAGUUCGCCUGGUUCAGGCGUGCUACACGGCUGAAGCACAUGUUGAUUUAUACUGCCGUGCUUCACAUGAGCCGUACCAAAUGCAUAAAUUAUGAUAAAAUAGAACAUUUAUAGUACGCGUGCGUUGAUUGGUCGAGAAGCGUGUUUCUACGCGGGAAAUUUCCCGCCUAAAUUUACAAUCGUAAACAAAACAAUUAAGAAUUGUUUAAUACAGUCAAAAUACAAAAACCUUCCCACUUCCGCUUCUGGCUUGUUUUGUAUUUCUGUAAUUUGUUCUAUUUUUUCUGUAGUGAUUUAAUACCGCUUUAUCGGCAAAUAUCGCGGUAGAAUUUCCCUUUCUUUUCUUUAUAUACGUCAAUUUGUAGCAAAGGAUACACCUUUCGUAGACUCUUUGCAUAAAAGUUGCGAAAUUAGGCUUAUAGCGAUAUUUGCUGAUAAAGGCAAAAAGGGUUUCUUGCAGUAAAUUGAUGGAGCAAAGGUCGGCAUUAUUACGCAAUGAGAAUUUGUAAAUAUAUCGAGUCUACUACAAAUCUUUUUUUAGUUAUAUUAAGAAAUAAAUAUAAAGCAUUUAUUAUGUAUGACCCAUACAGUUAUAGAAACACUUGUAGUAGUUUGGGAGAACUCGAAUAACGUGGAAAAACUCGCCCUAAGCCUAUAUAGGUCUCGUUUUCCCACACAUUAUAUCCAGGCAUUAUGCUAUGUUUGUAGUAAUAAGGCUUUUCAAAAAGCAAUUGAAAUUUUUAAUAACCACAAACCUGUAGACGCUCAGAAAUGGCAAGAUUGUAUGUGAUAAACCCUUUUUUCUUAUUAUGAAUUGUCACUCGCCCCAGGUUUCGAAGUGAAGCAGCGCAAAUUAUUAAGUACGGCCAGGGUACGGCUCAUGAAAAGCACGCCUGUCUAAAUCAAAAUUGGAAGUACGCCUAUUUUACUCGAGUAAAAUAUGAAUUAAGUUCGGCUCAUGAAAAGCACGGCGUCUAAACCGGGCCUAACGCCUGUAUUCUAAAAAUGUCACUCACACUGAAACUGAGCUUUCCUUGAGUGUCAGUGCUGUUUUUGAAUUGCUUGAGGGUGAAUAUUCACAUAUAGUAAUGUACGAGGCACUAACCCUCCAUCUAUUCAAAAACGGCACUGACACUCAAAGAUCCGUUUGAGAUUGAGUGUGAGCUUUUAGAAUACAGGCGCAAGUGUUAACAUACUUCAAGACUCUAUAUAUGUUUAAAUGUCUCCAACCAUAUUUAUGUCAGUAUAUAUAUAUUAUUUAUUGUUUACAAAAGUAGUAAUCUUCAUUUUUAGGAUCAGUGACACAGUACGGCACCAAAAUGAAAGAUGUUCAUUGUUCCCCCAAACAAUAUAUGAUGGUCAAGAGAGCUGAUUAUGGAGAUUUUAAUAAAACAGGUUUCUUUAAUGACGAAAAUAUUGACACAACAUGCAGCAGCUUAACCAAUUGUCAGGUAAAAUCUCGUUGUGGUGGAAAUAGAUCUUGUGAACUUACCAUGGACAAUAAUUUAUUACCAUCAGAUUAUUGUCCUGAUACUUCCAAAGAAAUUUACACAGAGUACACUUGUGUUGAUAGCAAUUGGUCAACCGUUAUAACUGCAGGUAAAGUGAAUAUUCUAAAGUCGAUGUAAUAAUAUCUAACAGUUGAAGAGGCCAGGAUGCAUUCAAGACUAGUAAAAAUUGCACCGAACCAAUGUAGCGAGUUAUACGGUGGUGUGAAGCAACUUAAACGUAUCGUUGGAUCCCUGUUUCGAUUUUGGCAUAAUAUGAAGAAUUGUAUCAAGGCUUCAGUCGGAAAAAUAUCAAAGCCUUGAUCAGACAUGAAGAAAUAUCAAGGCCUCAGUUUGUGUUAUCCGCCUUAACCUUCGGCAGAUAACACAAACUUCGGCCUUUUGGAUUGAUCAAUCAUGCUCAAUCUCAUUCAGUAAUUCCUAAAUAGCAUUCUAGCAUGGGAGAGUAUAACAACGCUGAAUAUAUAAGGAGUUAAAACCUGGAGGAAGUUGAAAUUAGGACAACGGUCAAGAAAACCUAUUGGAUUAUAUGUCGGUAACAUUCGAAAAUCUUGCUUUGUUAACGACCGUGUGAAUCAGCCUUUUCUUACGCCAUGCGAUCCGGCUUAAUCUGCCAUUUCUGGGUGGCAAACCCUGACUGGAACAGUAGAUAAGAGAUAACAAGCGAAUAAAUUAGUGAAUCUAUUGCCUGUAUCUACUUCACUGAGUUUCUUCUUCGCUUGUGGUCACUAUUUUUCGCUACGGCAGUUUGACACCCAAAAGCUAUAGCUAGUAUAGAGGAGUAUUUAGAAUGACCGAUUAUGAAGAAAGCGGGAUAAUUUCAGGACAGUUGGUUUCAAGAAUAAAUGUAUUCUCUUUAAUUCAAACUUUCUGUUUUAGCACCUAUUAUAUUAUUAACGGGUUCACCAUACCGGGGUCACAUCACAAUAAAGGAUGGUUCAACUUGGAGAUACGUUAAUGUAGAGAAUUGGGAUAUAGACCGAGAAAAAAUGCUGUGUCAACACUUGGGAUUCAAAGAAACGGACGCGAAUGAUAUUCGUUCUGGAUCGAUUUUGAGUAACUAUAAUAUUGCAACCGGAGACUUCAUAUGUUAUAACACACAGCUAAGUGGAACGUCCUGUUGUAUCCAUCUUGUUCCUUCUACAACUCCUUCAAGAACUUCCAUUCCAUACGUAGAAUGUGAGUAACGGGCAUAAAGCAGUCCAAUAUUAGCGAGUAACGGGCAUAAAGCAGUCCGUAUUCAAUAACGCUUAUGGCUGGAUCUUCAUCAAUGCUAAUAUUACAAUAAAAUAUAUUUUUCGCGCUAUAAAGAUACAAAGAGCUUAAUAAUAUUAUCAUAGUUUCUUAUGUUUUUCUGAUAAUGUACUAAACAUAGAGUUUAAACAUCUUACGUAGCAUGCACAUUAUGUCUGACACCAUUUACGAAGAUAUAAGGUACUGGUCUCGAUCAGGCUUUUAGCCUCAUCACAUAUUUCCCAUUAUAUGGCACAGAUUCAGCUGCCCAAGUAAAUGCCAGUGUAUAGGUGCUGAUUUUCUUUCUCUAUUUUCAUUGUAGGUAAGGUAUGUGAUAAACCAAUACUAAAAGACGUUCCCACGUUCCCUGUAUUUUCUGGCAGUGGUUCUAGCAACUAUAGAAAUGCAAGAUUUUCUGCCAUUGGUUGGUGUGCUUCAGGUUCCACACCUUAUCUUUUGAUCGACCUUCAAAAAGAAUAUCACAUAACACGGGUUGUGGUAAUGGGAAAUAGACGUCAGACGAAAUGGAGUGGGUCAUAUUCAAUGACGUACAGUCAUAAUGGAAGUUAUGAAAAUGAACAAAAGGUAUUUAUGACGGUCAUGAUAGAGUGGAUCAACAAAGCGAGCAAGUUUCAUUCAACUAAAAUAUUUUGAUGGAGAGAAAAUCAAUAUACCAAUUUCACUAGAAUACUGGAUUAUAUUAACAUAUCUAAAUUAAGGUGUUCGAACUUUCAUAGCCACCAUAGGUAUUGCUUACACUGAUAUAGAUAAUAAUCAUAGAGCUAGUCACAAAAGAGGGUAAUUAUAAUGGUCAUUCAUCUAUUCUCGCUUGAUAUCACCGAGCUUUUGCUCAAAUCAACCACAAGUUCAUUGACGUAUAUCCAAAUCGCUUUCGCGACAUUAAUAACAGAAAUUAAAGUAUAUUGCUUCAAAGUAUACAAAUAAUGAAUGUUUAUGAGUGGAAUGGCAAGAAUUUUUUCAUGAGGUGAAAGAUGGAAUGUUCUAUUCAACGAGGCGACAGCCGAAUUGAAUGGAACAUUCCUCUUUCACCGAAUGAAAAUAUUCUUACCAUUGCACGAAUAAACAUUCAUUAUUUGUUUUAUAUAAUACCAAAAUAGACUAAUAUUACUUUUUCAAGAACAGUUUAUUAAAACACCAUUAAAUAAUUAAUAUAAAUACACACAUUUUGACGGAUGCGAUUUAUCGAAAACACAAAGAGUGCAUUGGAAUAAAACGUAUAGUACAAUUGCACUCGCAAAGAGUUCAAUGGAACGUAUUUCAUUGCACUCUUGGAAAAUGGAAUUUUCUAUUCAAUAUCACUUGACCAUAAACAACCAAUUAAACGAUCAGAAUUCAAUAAGGUAUUAUAUAAAAAAAAUAUUUCACCACAAAAAGCGCAAUAUAAAUUACUGAUCCUAAAGGGAGGGGGGAGCAAGAACGGGGGAAGUCAGCUAAACAAGAAUAAAAUAUAGAAUUAAUAUGCACAAUUGCUGUUUCAUUUUGGUGGUGGUCUUGGAAUAGAUGAAAUUGAUUUUAGACAAAUGUAUGGAAUUUUUUUGAAUUAGAAAUAUUUUCUAUUUAGAUAACAGGAAACAAGAACGGUUACCAAGCAUCGACUACGCAUGUUGAUAUUUUUAAUGUGAGAUUUAUAAAGAUACAAUCAAGUGAAAGUCAGUACUUUUGUCUCAGAAUAGAAUUGUGUGGAGAAGGUAUACCUUUAUAAUACUCAGUGAUAUUAGUUUGUUCACAGGAAUUUGUUUGAAAUUUUCUGUGGAAAAAGCGCAUUUUCCCAUAUAAUUAAUAUAUUUGUUUUUUAGACAUAGUUUUGUUUAUUGCAAAUAUGAGCGAGCAUUCGAUCAGAACCGAUAUUCUGUCCUGGUGAGCCUUAAAGGUCCUAAAAAUUAAAAUAUUCAAAACCAUCUGAAACAAAUUGCAAAAAAAUAACAAAACCUCUAAAAAUUACAGAGAAUUAGCCUUUCUCACGAAGGCCAAAAUCCACCAUUUUGGGGGGUACUGUCUGCGCUGGCGAAAAAUUCUAGACAAUUCAAAAAACGUAAACAGCGACUUUUAAAAGUUGCAACUGUAAAUUCACCAUUAUACAAACAACUACAGUACUAAAAAGUCGCAUUUCGUGGUGCGGAGACUCUCAAACGUGGGAGAGACAGUAUCAAAAAUGGCGGGAAAAUCGUCCGUGAGAAACGCUAAUUGGAAGCAGUCCAAAAUUUUAAAAUUUCCGUCCAAACCAAGAUACAUCAAUAGCACAUUUAAUUCCUUGCUAAACUUUAUCGUGUUUCUAUUUAGCUCAAAUGCCAGCUUCUGUACAAGACAUUAAAAUUCAACCAUCAUUUACCUCGGCAAGUGUGACGUGGAAGCUACCAACCUCCGCUUCAGUCUCUAGUUAUAUAACACACCUCGUUAUAUAUCUCAACGGUACAGAAAAAAAGCGUAUAUUUCGAAGUACUCAAAUUAACAUUGAAGGACUUACACCGUAUACUUGGUAUAAAGUUGAAAUUGUGACUCAGGAUGGUUCUUCGCAGAGCAGCGAAAAAGCGGCCUCUGAAAUGUUAAGGACCAAGAAAGGUAAACAAAACUGUAUGUACCUAAAGGCCAUGUUACACGGUGCAAUUUUUCUUGCAACUUGCAAUGCAAUUCUACUCUUGAGAGAUGUUAAUUAGUGAAAUCAGUGAAGAAUUUUCGAUAUGUUCAGAAAACAUCAACGGAGUGUAACGAAGACUCGUACUUGGCAAUUUUACAUCUCUCAAGAGUAGAAUUGCAUUGCAAGUUGCAAGAAAAAUUCUACCGUAUAACAUGGCCUUAAAUCCUAUGUUCAGCUGCCCUCUAAAAAAAGCAACUUCCCACUGAGAAAAAACGACCUUCCAUAUUCAUUUUUUUUAUAUAAAAAAUAUUUUAUUUAAAUUCAAAAAUUGACAAUUGCGCCAAAAGCCACUAAAGGCUUAUCUGGGGCGCCCUUGAUUAAAUGAUCUUUUGUUUGUUGUGAUCUUCUUGUACACCACAAGAUAAUUAUUUUUUAGAAAAGAGAUGAGGGUUUUUUUUGAAAAGAAGGGUCAUGAAGUUUGAUUUGUGAGUGUACGUUAGUUUUGUAAUAUUCCAAGCAAUUCUCUCAAGCCACUUGAUUGAUAUAUACUCUUGCUGUAUUGGUAACAGAAGAUUGAUACUCGACUGUUAACUCUGUUUCAGGCUCCGUGACCAACUACGGCACCAAAAUGGAAAAUUUUCAUUGUUCUCCAAGACAACGUAUUGACAUCAAGAGGGCUGUUUAUGGAGAUUUCUAUAAGAAUGGCAAGUUUGAUGGUAGUGCACUCAUCGAUACGAAAUGCAGUGCACUGACCAACUGCCAGGUGAAAUCACGUUGUGGUGGGAUGAAAUCCUGUGAAUUUACCGUGAACGACAAUUUAUUACCAUCGCAGUAUUGCCCUGAUACUGGAAAAGAAAUUUACACCGAGCACGAAUGUGUUGAUACCUAUAGUUCAACUACCAUAACAGGUAAAGUGGAUAUUGUAAAAUGUGCAAAUGUUAAACUGUAUCAUGAUAAUGGAAUACAGUAUAUACAGCAUGUCUUUGCACUGAAUUUGUUGUGUUGGCCGAUGGCUUUACGAAAGACGUUACAGUGGAAAUAAUAAUAUAUAGCGGAAAAUAAUAAAAAAGACCAUGCAUUCAAACAAGUCAAACAGCAACCAUUUCACUGUCGACUUGACAAUAUUGGUUGAAAACAUGUUUGUUUAACAAUGGAUUCAACAUUGUUUGUGUUUGUUUGGACAUUUUGUUUGGUAAUUCUGACUGGCUAAUGGUGGAAGAUGUACGUUGAAGCAGAUUGACUUCAUCAUGGAAUGGUUUAACUGAACCAUAAUGUUCAAAUAGUGUUAAAAUGUUGGAUCGUGCAUGAAUGCAAUUUCGCCGGGCUUUGCAUUCAUUUAAUAAAAUGAAUCAGAAUAGCGUGCGAAAGCAUGUCUAGACCCAAAUUAAUGUUCGACCAACAUGCUGGACUGGUUAACUUGAACAUAAAGGGCCCAUGCAUAACGUUUUAAAGCCCGUUGAAAUUUUUGCUGCGAUUUAGAAUCUCCCUCUUAUGGAUGAGCUAUGAAUGUUCAGAUUCAUGUGCUCAAAAUACUUGUGACUUAUCUAUUCGUUCACUGCAGUACGUCGAAGUUAGGACGACGGAAUAUAUGCGUCUAUAAUAUACAUCCUUAGUAUCCUUUAGAAAAUAUUUCCUUGUUAGCAAUUCACACCUAAUGCGACCCAGCUUUGUCCGCCAUUCUUAGGUGGCAAAACGCAUGGAGACAGCGGACUCUUGGUAACAAGCAAAGGAGUGAAUUUAGUGAAUAUAUAUUUUUUAUAAGUAGUAUUUACUUCACUGAAUUGCUUCUUAGCUUGUUGUAGCGAUCUAUAACUACGCGGGCAAGGCGUAGUCGCAUCGCGUCAGGAAGGAUAUAACAUUUUUUCCAAGAAUAAAUCUUCUCUUUCAUUGAAAAUUUCUUUUUCAGCAUCUAACAUACGAUUAGGGACUUAUCCAUACCGUGGUUACAUCCAAAUAAAGCAUGGUUCAACUUGGAGAUAUGUUGUUGAGAAAAAUUGGGAUAAAAUUCGUCAGAAAAUGUUGUGCCAGCACUUGGGAUUUAGAGAGACGGAUGCGAACCAUAUAAAUACUUACUGGUCUCAGAGAAGUCACAAAAUUGCAACUGGGGACGUAAUAUGUUAUAACACACUGCCAAGUGGAACAUCCUGUUGUACCCAUCUUGUUCCUUCUACAAAGACUUCUUACCUGUCGUACGUCAAAUGUGAGUAAUGACAUAAGUAACGGUCACUAAAUCAGCUCAAAUUAACUACGGUUGAUAUCCAACUCACCUGAAUAUAAUUAUAAUUUUUGUUAUGUUUGUGUAAUAAGUGUAGGAAAUUAGACGGUUUGAGAAGUAUUAAUGGAAAAUAACACGUCAUACUGAUAAAUUAGAUUUAUUGCGCUGGAAGCAUACAAACAAUUUGGUAUAAUUAUAAUUUCGUACUUACUAUACUAAUGGUUUAAAAUUUAGAGUUGAAUGAAUAGAUGGUUCAACUCCUAGGUAGGUAGGACAAUCUACCUAACUUACCCAAACAUAGAAAGAUAAAUGCAUGAUGGAUUUCGGCUCUCGUCCUCGUCACAAAUUUGCGAUUACAUUAAAUUGAACAGAUUCGUGCAAUAGCCCGAUACCGGUGAGGCGUUAAUUUAACGUCUAUUUUAACUGUAGGCAAAAUAUGCGAUAAUCCGUUAUUCCGUGACGCAAGAACUUUUCCAGACUCCGUAUUUUCUGGUAAUGGUGAUCGGUAUAGUAGAUACAGACAUGCAAGGAUUGCUAAAGGUGGCUGGUGUGCUUCAGGUUCCGCACCUUAUCUUUUGAUUGAUCUUCAAAAAGAAUAUCACAUAACAUGGGUUGUGGUUAUGGGUAAUAAAGAUCAGACACAAUGGAGUGAGACAUAUUCAAUGAAAUACAGUCACAAUAAAACUUUGGUGGAUACGAGCAGCGAAAUACAGGUAUAUUUGCAAAGUGCGCGUAUAUUUUAAGCAGUGAAGUACAAGUAUAUACUCAAAAAGAAUAUCACAUGACACGGGUUGUAGUUAUGGGUGAUAAAGAUCAAACAAAGAUCAUAUUCAUUGAAAUACAGUCAUGACACAACUUAUUAAAAUAACAAACAUGUAUUGAUGAUUAUAAUAAAGUAUUUCCUACAAUGUGUGUUAGAUAAGCGUUUAACAUAAUUCUUCAAAAUUUACCUUAAAUCCUGUAUUAAGCCCCAGGGACUUUGGAAGGGAAGCUCAGUGAAGAGGAAAGGAGUUAGUUGAGGAAGAGGGUUUAUAUAAUUUGCAUAAGAUAGUCCAGCAACUAACAUGAAUUCCCAGGUCAACUAAUAGAUCUGUUAAAGAUUCGUGUGUAUCUUUCUUGUGAAGGGCGAGGCAUGCGAUGGGGUGGGGGGCAAGGUUAAUAAAAUAGGGCCGCAUAAAUUUCUUUAUCUAGAUAUGGAGUUUUCAAGUAAUACGUUCACAUGAUGCUGGAUGAAUUCGGAACAAACGUACUCAAAUUCGCCCGGUUCUGCAUCUUUACACGGAACCGGAUUACUACAAGACGAAAAAUGUUCACGCGGAACCGGACGAAUUAACGUUCAUGGCGCUGUCUAAUUUAGGAGCUAUUUCGGUACAAAACGAGACCUAAUUUAUUGGGUCUCGAAUUGGUACGGCUAGCUGUCCUGGAAUUCGUCCGGUUUUGUGUGUCCCAUGUGAACGUAAAGCGAAACCGAUUGAAAUUGAGUAUGGUUCGGAACCCAAAAUUCGGCCCCGUGUGAACGGGGGCUAAGGUCGAGAGGAGCUUCGAUCUAAGAGCUUUGCAUUGGCAUUACUGACAGCAUUUACAGUUAUAUUAUUAAAAUGCAUUUAAAUUUUACUUGCCUAUACCUACGCAAAGCAGACUCAGUACAACUCAGGGAUUUAAAACUUAUCUCUGAAUUCUUAGUACUAUCUUUCAGAUAAAAGGAAACCAGAAUGGCUACCAAGCGUCGACUACGCUCGUUGAGAUUUAUAAUGUGAGACAUAUAAAGAUACAAUCAACUGGAAACACGAACUUUUGUCUUAGAAUAGAACUCUGUGGAAAAGGUUAGCUUAUUUUCUAUUACGGUCUAAAUAAUCAUUUUAAAUUGGUUGUCUCAGAUACAUUUUCUGUUGACCAAUAUCAUUUUGUCAAAUUUUAACCAAUAAAAUACUGGUCAAAUAAGUGCAUUAAGAUAACCAAUUCAAUGGUUAUUUUUACCAAUCUGUUUUUACAGUGGUAUACUCUUAAGCAUCUUCAUUACAGUAUCACCAAAAAAGAAAGGUCUUCGGGCUCAGAUUAAGGUUAGGGUUAUAUUAGGGUCAGACUAAGUUUAGAUUAGGGUCAGACUAAGUUUAGAUUAGAAUCAGAUUAAGAUUAGAUUAGGGUUAUGGUUAGAGAUUAGAUUAGGGUUAGGGUUCAAAUUAGGGCGCCAUUGGAUGGCUCAGAUGAUCAUCCUUGUUGGGUAUCGCCCUGUAUUUCUCAAUUUAUAGAAAUCCUGGCUGUUUAUACCCAUUGAGAUGUGACACGAGUAAUCCUGCCACGCAUGCCGAGAAACCCAUCCACAUAUUAAUUUGGUUAAACGACGGGUAUUCCGUCUCAACGUUUUCAUAUUCACCGUAUCAGACGGAAAUUUGUCAGGCAAGUCUCCCGUCUUAGAGACAAAAUCCGUCUUCUAAUAUAUGAAUUUCAUGGAGUGGAAAGAAUAUCUAAAAUGGCGGACAUUGUUUUUUUUGAUCUCGCAAAUUUGACAAAUAAUUUUACUGAUUUUCUUCUAUUCUGUCUUAAAUUCUUGAAAAUUUUAUCGUUUUAUCUUUGUCCAAUUUCAGCUUUUAUAGCUUGACCCGCAGCUUCCAAUUAUAAUGCGACAAAAAAUCGGAAUACAUCCCUUCUUUUUCCACAAAUUGUUCAGGUUUGUUUAGCCUUAGGUUGUAAAUUGGACUUAUACUUAACAUAUCAAACGUUUCCAAAUUUUUAAACACUUGUCAUGCAAAACCAAGCUGCAUCAGUAGCAUUCUUAAUUUCUUACCAAACUUUGUGGUAUUUUAUAUUUAGUUCAAACUCCAGCUCCUGUAUACGAUAUUAACAUUACACCAUACGAACGUGAAGCACGUGUGACGUGGAGAAUACGUACAGCACCAGAAAACUCCAGUUACAUAACAAGGAUCAUUGUAUAUCUCGGUCGUAGAAAAUACCAGACUAUAUCUCGAGGAACUGAGAUUGAUAUUAAAAGACUUGAACCGAACACCACGUAUCAAGUUGAAAUUGAGACUGAAGAUGGUUCUUCGCAGAAGAGCAAAAAAGUUUCUAGAAAUCUUAAUACUAAGAAAGCAGGUAAACGUAGCAAGUAGGUCUGCUGAAACAUAUAUAAGUAUCGUAAAUCCUUUUUUGAUAAACUCCCUUCUGAAAUAGGCAGCACCUUCUCUGAUAAGUCCCGAAUUAAUUCCAUGAGUAAUGAUAACGUAUUUUUGAUGCGCUUUUCUUUGAUACCACAAUCAUUUAAGAAAUAAGAUAAUUUUGUUUUGCUAAUUUUACGUGGAACAAAUGGAACAUCUUAAUUGUUGUAUUCAUCUUGUAUACCUUGUACAACUUCAGAUAUUUACAUGCGUGUACAAGUAGCGGGCGUGACAUCAGUUCAAACAGACCAUAGUUGAGGUCUAAAUUAGAAGCAUAUUUACUUUUGCAAGGCUUCCGAAACGUAAGCCUGCGGGAUCAUCAGGAGUGCUAUAAUUGUAUAAUUAACAAUUAAUCACCGAAGUGGAGGGGAACAGUAGUUUUAUAAAAUACCUCAACACUUGACAAAACCGCAGCUUCUUCACCCCCGAGUAUCUAUGCUAUUUUUAUCAUAGUAUAUAUCUUAUUCUUCCCUGAUAAUGGUUUAAGCGUACAGUUAAACAAUGUAUAGCACAGUAUACCUAAACAUGUAGAACGAUAAUGCCUCUAGUUGGGAUCCUCUUUCGUUAUAAAUUACCCCAUUUUCUUUUCUUUUCACUGAAGGCGAAAUAUGUGGUAACCCUUUACUCGAAGACAUACAUCGCACCUUUCCAAACAAAGUAUUUUCUGGCAAUGGUGGUUCCAAUGAUUAUCAAAAUGCGAGGUUUACUGGUCGUGGCUGGUGCCCUUCGCGCUCUGGCCCGUAUCUUUCACUCGAUCUUCAAAAAGAAUAUCACAUAACACGGGUUGCGGUUAUGGGUGAUAGAGAUCAGACUAAAUGGAGUGAGUCAUAUUCAAUGAAAUACAGUCAUGAUAAAACUUUGCUGGAUACGAGCAGUGCAAUAAAGGUAUAUAUUUGCUAUGAAAAUAACAAAAAUGUAUAUUGAUGGUUGUGAUAAAAUACUGUCCUGAAAAGAUUGUAGGUAUAAAUCUAUAGCAAUUAACGUUAUUCUUAACCUCAAUCUAACCCUUUACUUCAGGCUUAUUAAUUUAGUCCAAAACAUGUUUAAGGUGGCCCAGCAAAAACUAACCAUGAAUUUCCAGAUUAGUUAGCAUAUUCACUAAACGGCUACAUGCAUGUGUUUCUUUCUUGUGAAGGGAUAGGAAAAGGGAGACGUUAAUAGCAAGUGGGACUGAAUAAAUUUCUCCACCACACCCGGAAAUUGCACAGAAAAAUUGCCAUUUCGCUGAUUUUCAUUCUAAAAGUAGUCAUUUAUAAGAAUACUUUCGCGCUUUUUGGUUUGCUUUGUUUCGAAUUAUUUAUGGCGAAAAAAGCUGAAAUUUUAAGUUUAGAUAGUUAUUAAGGUUACAGGACACCCUUUUUGGCGUUUUGCGGAAAAUCGCUACUGCGCGCUCAAUAUCAGUCCGAUUUUCAUCAAAUUUUCACCAAAUGUUCUCCAGUGCAUGCAAAAUAUGGUAAAGUUGUAAAAUUAACAAACAAUAAAAUAAUGUAAGAAUUAUUCAGGAAAAUCUUAAAUCGUGGUACCGUAACGCUUUUGAGUUGUGCUCCUGCUGGUUUUAAGUUAUGUUUAUGAAAAUGUCAUUUUUAUACAGUAAAAUAGUUGUUCUAAAAAAUUGUGUUCGGAAAUUUUUGUUUAUUUCGUCAUUCCGCUGAUAUGGCGAUUUCUUUGACGACUGCAAUAUAUUUCUGAAUUGUUUGAGUGAAUUGCUCUUUAUUUUUAAAAUAUCCAAAAUUAAAAAAAAGCGGAACACAAUUUUGAAACUGACGUCUUUAGCUAUGCCCUGUGAAAAUUUGAGAAAAAUUGGUUAAAACCCGCAGGAGCACAACUCGUUUGAAAAUCAGUAAUCACCGUAAAACUUUUCGGGAGAAAAUUGAAUUUGAAUAUUACAUUUCCAAUGUUUUUCUUAUUGCAGCGAAAUGUAUUUUAUUAAAUAACUCUGCGAGUUUUCAACAUUUUCCGUUCAAACUUGGUCAGAUAGUAGAACUAGUCUAAUGCUUUCAUUGAAACCAAUAAAAAAAAUUUAGGCAAAAUUAACACUCAAAGGUGUUCUGUAACGAGGGCCCUGAAGGGGUAAAAUGGGAACUGGGAUUGAUCUAAUUUUAGACUGGGAAAAUGGAUUUGGGUUACUGGGAAUGGGAAAUGAAGUCCUCAAAAAUGGGAAUGGGAUUGAGGUAAUGCGAGUCGAUUCCCAAUUUUUCUACAUUUUAAGUGUUUUAAAAUACAAUUUUGAUCCGUUUUCGGUGUCUUUGGGUCAUGAUUUUUGUUGUUAACUAUAUUAUUCACAGCACUACCUGCGAACAGGCAUACUCUGGCGCCCGGAAUUCUGGGUUUUCUGAUUAUGCGUGUCUCCGAAUACUGCAAAUGCCAUUUCUGGGAUUCAAAUUUUAAAAUUUUCUGUGCCUUCGGCACAAGCCCCCCGAUAUUUCAUAAAGUGUCUGCCACUUGCACACACAGUGGUUUAAAAAGUUUUAAAACUGUUUAUUCUACCAAUAAAUAAAGGGUUUUUUAUUGACUGGGAUUUCAAUAACUCGGACUGGGAUUUCUAAUAAAAAUCCAACUGGGACUGGGAUUUUGCCAAAAUUUCAGGUGGGAAAUGGGAUUGGGACCCCCCCUUCAGGACCCUCUGUAACCUUAAAAUUAAAUGCGCUUAUAUAAGUCUUACUAUCUUGCAGAUAACAGGAAACCAGAAUGGCCACGAAGCAUCGACUACGGACGUACGCGUGGGUAUUUAUAAUGUUAGAUAUAUAAAGAUACAAUCAACUGGAAACACAGACUUUUGUCUCAGAAUAGAACUCUGUGGAGAAGGUACGUUAGCUUUUUUUUAUUACUGGUUGUGUAAACAGGAUUUUCGCUAUAUGCGUUAUUACUGGUUAGAUUGGAAAAUUAGCCAUUCGAAAUUACUAGACGUAAGCAAACUUUUACUUUGCUAUUUCUCUUAGCCAUUUUGCUCCAUUUUACAACUUGACAAUAACCACCGUUUUCCUUCUGAAAUCACUAAAGGUGGCGUGGCUAAAACUGUUAACUUAGGGACCGGUCAUUAAAUAUGGCAAGGGGGAUGGAGGAGAAAGUAGGGGGUCCUGAAUUAUUUUUUCAUUGAGAUGGGGGGUUCUUGAAAAUUACAUAUUAUGUGAAAGAGAGGGGGUCUUCGGAUUUUUCCCAACAAAAGGAUUGUUUCUCGUUAUAUACUAUGAACAGCCAAAAGAGAUGCAUAAAAUGCCCUUUAUUAAACUGGAACACUGGGUAUUAACAUAACGAGUAAAGCAUAAAAAACUCAUAAUAUAAAAGUGGAUGUAGGCGAGACAAGCAUAGACCAUAGAGUAACCUACCUAAAUAGAUUGUAAAAUAUUUAUUUGGCUAGUUUCACCAAAUUUUAUACCUCUUUUAAUACACUUCAUUGAUCACUUGCUCUCCUAAGCUUUGUCCUAAUCGGGCCAGCAAUCAAUACAAAACUACAGGGUGUAUCAAAAUAAACGCAAUUCAUUUUUUGUGCUUAAUAACUUUCGAAAUACUAUUUCUAGUUAAACGCAUUUAGGUUUACUUCAAAGCCUGUUCUUUUCUCUUUCAAACAAACUAUUAUCCUUGUCUCCAAUGCUAGUAAUGAUUGCACAGGAAAAGAUUUAGUAAAACCUAUCAUUUUUAGUUGCUGUUUAAUUAUGCAAGUCUACUAUGUUGUUGUUUAGUCGGUUUAAAUGUUAGAAUUUUCUUCUUUAAACUUUAAUGUUGUCGUCACUACAUCUGGAAAACCACGUAAGAACAAAUUAAAAGUAUUUUAAAAGAGACCAGGUUGUUUGAAAAUCCCAAACGAACGCUAAAAAUCAUAGAAUCAAAACAUUCUGGUGUCUGAGCCAGAGUGUCAUCGAAUUACGAUGUAAUGUAAACAGAAAUUAUAGCAAGCUGAUGUCAGUCAGCUUAGAUGGUCCAAGCCAAAAUUAUAUCGCAUUUGAAGUUUCAAACUGUGUUAAAAAUAGUGGAAGAAAAGCCGUAAUUAUACUUAUUGUUACAAUCCAUUUAAUAAAAUGCAACAUUUGUUUGUUUUAAUGAAAAAAUCAGUUAUUUUCAUGAGAACGAUUUGUUAUUCCAUCUCAAUUUUUUUAAUCUCAAAUCGCAAUAACGUAAAGUAUUAUUACCCGCGAACCAAUGAGUCAAAUUUAAGAAACAACCCACUGUUAGAAAGCUGAAUGGCUACGCUUUAAAAUGAAUGUAAACUUUAACGUUUUCGUUUAUUAUUUGUUUAGCAAUUUACAUUUCAGUCGAGGAUUGCGUUUUUUUUUAUACACCCUGUAUAUUUUCAAGCGGUACAAGAGGGAGGGGGGGUCUUUAAAAAGUAUAAAAUGUAUAAGGGGGGCCUUGAAAAGGCAUAUAAUUUUUGAGGGGGGCCCCAAAAUUUUUUUCACAAUUUCUAGUUUCUCCUCCAUCCCCCCCUGCCAUAUUUAAUGACUGGUCCCUUAUGGCAAAUUAUGGAGAUUAGGUUUAAAGCAUUUCUUUAAAUUUAGAAAUAAUAUUUGGAGAAAAUUAUACUGAUUAUUUGGUGUCCCUAUCAUCAAGAUUUCGUUUCAUGUAAAAAUUAUUUGUAUAAAUGAGUCAGAAACCUUCACAAGUAAAGGGAAUUUAGCCAAACUCCCUUUAGUUGCUGUUUUCUACCGUUUUUGUCCCAAAGCAGGUAAUUUGAUGUAUUCAAAUAACCUUUUAACUUUCCCUAAAGUGCUGUAAGUUUCAUAAGUGUAAAAAACUUGACUGUUGCGCAGGGGCCGGGGAAAACGUUCCCAUGAGGCCUUAUGACAUCAUAAUUGUAAAACGGGAGUGGUUUUAUAUUUUCAGUUAAGCAAUCUAUAUCUAAGGGCCUUCGUUUCUUUUGCGGCCCUUUUGAUCUAGGAGUUUGUUGACAAAAUGCCCCUUUGUCCCUCUCUACAUCAGGAAUAUUUGGUGACUUGAGCAAUUACUUAAAGCGAAUUUUAGUCCCGUAGUGAAUGUAAGUCUUUACACCAGGAUAAAUUCCUUGCUAACGUUUGCGUUGUUUUCAAUCUUAGUUCAAAAACCUGCUUCUCUAUACGAUAUUAAAAUUACACCGUCAAACACCUCGGCACAAGUGACAAUGGGAAAUCCAGCGCCUGAUACGUCCAGUUACAUAACACUUUACCAUAUUGAACUCAACGGAAGCUAUCUAAAGAGAAUACGUCGACAGGAACCUAGAACUGAAUUCAAUAUUACUGGACUGACACCCUUCACUAACUAUACUGUUAGAAUUUGGGCUGGAGAUGGCUCUUCACAAUGGAGUAGCAGCACAGAUAUAAUAUUUAUGACCAAUACAUCAGGUGAAGAAAUCUGAAUAUAUCUUAACUAUGUGUAUAUAGCAAUGUGCACAAAUGUUUUUUUCAACUAUGUUUCCGCAUCUCCUUGAAAGAAAAAAAUAUUUCGAAGAAAAAGGGACAUAAAGACCUUGUAGGUGGAUCUGGGGUCCAUCCCCAGGAAAUGUUUAUAUUUCUCAGCCUCUGGAGCUUGAUUUUUGUUUUUUAGACACAAUUUUUUAUAUAUUUUAUCCGCUAGAUAAAGGUUUGGUCAUGGGAAUAUGAAAACACUCUUCUUACCUAAGUUAUUCUUCGCUUCCUUGCUGAUAUAUUAUACAUUCGCUGAUGGAGGGGGUAUAACAUAGGUCACUGAAGGUGCCAACUUUGGGGCCUUAUUAUAUUGUCAUCCUGAAUUCAGUUCAAGCAUUAAUAACUGCCUCCUUGCAACUAUAUCCUAAACUUUACCCCAAAAGCUUACCUAACUCAAACCCCGUUCUGCUCAAUAGUACUCUCUAAUUUAAAUUAAACCUAUAAUUCUUGCCGUAAUCCGGAAACAUAAAAAUCUCCCCAAAAGGACUCCCAAUACACUUCUUGCUUUCAGAAAGUACUUCAUCUGGCUCGUUUUUCGUGAAAGUCACAUAUACGACACAGAGUUCUAUAACCAAAGUGACGAACGUUCUGGAAAUGUAUAUUGAUAGCAAUGAGUGACAUCAUCUUCUUUUUCUCUUUUUUCAGCACCUAGUGGAGCUCCAGGGUCGGUGGCUUUCACAAACCGCAGUAACGAACAACUGACAGUAUCCUGGAGUGCUCCAUCUAGAAAAUCACAGAAUGGUAAACUGACAGCAUAUAGAGUUUGCUAUUCUGACAAAGAAAAUUCAAGUAAUCCAAGUUGCUUUCAAAAAAAUACUGUGUCAAAUACCACUGUGAUAAAAAAACUUCGACCUGCUACAAAAUAUUUUGUGACUGUCGCGGCUGCUACGAGUGCUGGUUAUGGGCCCAAGAGUAUGGAAAUCAGUAAAAUUACAAAUGGAGGUAAACACAAACCAGAUUAAGUUUGUUUGAAGCAAAUUUAUUACAGCAACCUCGUGACUGAAAAUUGUUUGUAACCAACCAUGCACAAAUAUUCCAUGAAUUCUUUUCGUUUACCAACAAAGUGUCUAACAAAGUGAAAAUAUAUCGGUCUAAUUCUCCAUGCUGCUGCUUCACGUCUUGAUUGGUAUGGUAGGCGUGUAGACAUUUUCAACAAACAGUUGAUAGCUUGGUAAUAAACUUGGUAAAAGCAAUCCAAGAACGACUUUAUACCAGUUGUGGAACAGCUUUAAAACUAUGGUUCUACUGAAAGAUGCUUGGAAGAGGCAAAUAAUACAAACAUUACUUUAUACCAGCUUGAUGGAAGAGCUUUGUAACUGUUCUACCUCAAGUCUCCUGCAGACACGUGUACAUGUAAUGUGUCUUUGAGGAGAGUGAGUUUAGCACAUAGGCAUUGAUUUUAACUAGCCGAAAUAGAUUUAUGUAAAACUUCAAUAUGUUUUAGUAAUACAUUCAAUCAAGUUAAUGGCAUAUACUACUCGUGAUUUUUUAGAGAGUGUGAAUCCUGUCGCAACGUCUUAUUCAAGCCUAAAUAUAACUAUAAUCAAACCUGCGACGUAUAUCAAGUAAGUAUAUCUUGCAUGAUCAUUAUUAGAUAGCUUUAGAUGUUACUACGACUAUGAGAUUCGUUGUUUGCACAUACUUGUUACCUUAUGCCAUUACGUACGCGCGCCAUAAUCUUGUAGGCUAGUAGAUGCUUGUUUUAUUGCGAAACUUUCAAAAACCCCGUUGUCUAUUUGGAGACGGCUACGACGGGUUUAUAAUGCGUCAGUACAAAAUGCGUACGUAAGAAGAUGGCGUCAUGGCGUAAAAAUAAUAUGGCGUGUCCAAAUAACCAAUCUCGUUCUUAAUCUCUCUAUAAUAAACUCAUUAAUUAAGAGACUGGAAAAGAGACAUGUACACAAAGGGAAAAUUUACGAAAUUAUCACUAAACAAUAACAUUAAUCGUGGUGAAUAAUCCUGAUCUACUUUUGCUGUUCAAUGGAUGGAUUAAUAUAACAUUCAAAAAUGAACGACGUUUAGUAUAUUAUAGUCAUAUAUAAACACGUGCACCUCAAUUCAGUAAAAUUAAUACAGAUUGAAAUAAAAUGUAUAAACGUUUUAGCAAAAAUAUACUGGACAGAUAUGCAUGAACACAUGACAAAUUUAGAAAAAGUACAAAGCUAAAACUAGUCAAAAGAAUGAAUAACUCGUGGCAUGAAGAAUUGGCGGGAUUUGCCAAAAAUGAAAAACACAUAAACAUUCUGGUCACGUUAACUUGGUAAGUGUCAUGAAAGAGCACAUAUAUUGAUUACCCAGAUUAUGGCACAAUGCGUUUCUGUAAUGAUGGCAUGUUUUGCAUUUAGAGAAGUAAUGAUCAUCGUACAAGUUGCUCCGAAAAAUCGUGGCUUGGAAGAAAUUGGAAAAAGUGAUCUGAAACCUUACCAGGAAAACAUGAAUGUUCCUUAUAUCACUGCUUAUUUGAAAGCUGAUGUUUUACCUCUGACGUUUGUGAUCGGUGAUGGCAAGGAGUAUAACUCUGAAAAAGAAAAAUACUUGAACCAACUUCUAGAACAGAAUUCAAAUUAUAUUGUGUUCCUGAGAUUUUUUGAAAGUCGGGUACAAUCUGUACGUAGUAUUUCCUCUAUUUGCCCCGGGUGCUUAUUUUCCAGUAGUUCUUGCCUGGAGGCUUAUAGUAGAGAGAGGACGUAUAAAUAGAUGCCGCCAGAGCUAAAUAGAUUUUUGCGUUUGUUAUACUUUAGAUAGUAACAUUUAUUUAUUUUAUACUCAAGGUUUUUUGAAGAUGGCCUUUUAGUGCUGGAGUCACUAUGAGGAACAAAUAGAUUAACUUUAAACUAAGAAAAAGCUCGAACACAUGAUUAACACAUAAACAAAAAACAUUACUCUGCAUGAUAUAAGGCCACAUAAAAAAAAUAGUUGGUUAGCGUCCCCGCCCGCCCACAAAAAAGGCCCCGCUCAGGAUUUUUUUUAUUUUUUAUUUAAAAAAACCCGACUUUUAUUGAUCAACGGGCUCUAAUAUAUGUAGUAUUUCUGUUGACUGUAGUCAAUUGUGUUAAUAAUUUGCGAAAUUGCGUGCGAAAAUGACGGUAUGAAUUAUAUUUUGAAAUAUAUAAAAAAAAUAUCUGUACUGCGCAAGAAAAUCCAGUUUCGGACCUAACAGUGAGUAAAACUAAGGCGUUAAAAAUUAGUAAAAAUUUAAAAAAAAGCGCCCGCCCGCCCACUUUUUGGCAAAAGCUAAGGACGCUAACCAACUAUUUUUUUUAUAUGGCCUAAACAUAAUUCUUUAUAAAAAUAUUAAAUAGUGCUCGAGUUUUGUUAUAGGUCUAUGUCAAGGGAGCUAAAUAGAGGAAAUACGUACGAUAAAUAGUCAUUCAUGUAAGUGAUUUACGUAAUGCACUUAAACUGUCCAUCAUAGAUAAAAUUUCAAUUACGGUAUUUUUCGUCUAGGAUUCGUACUACUCGACAGAAUGGAGCAGUGUUGUUAAAACAAUGGUAAAACCAGGUAAAUGAUCCCUGAAAAGAUUACUUUAACAAAUCCAUAUAUUAUAUGUACAAAAUGAGACUAAAAAUAUAAGAGAUUAAGAGUUAAGUUCAUCAGAUCAUGUGAUGUUAUGAACUUUUCUCUUUAGUUACUGAUACGCAUUUAGUACAUUGAUACAGCUCAUGCAAUGUAGUGAAUUAUAGUAAAGUCCAACAGAGCAGUGCAGUGACAAAACAGUUCUAUACAGUACAGUAUGGUAAUAGGUUGAACUGUACAAGAGCAACCAUCGUCAGUGAUACUGAAACGUAUGCUGAAUAAAAAAGCUAUCAAAAACUUUAUAUUUUUGUAGGGCUGAGUGGACCUCCAUUGAACGUGGCCUUUAACUCCCGCGGUAAAACCUCGCUACAAGUGUCCUGGAAAGCUCCUGAAGAAAGAUUACAGAACGUUGAACUGACAGGAUAUCAAGUUUGCUUUUAUACAAGGGACACUGCUGGAGAAUGCUUAGUACUUACAAGCACUAAAGUACUUUCACUUAUACUCGACAAUCUCCAACCUUCAACGAAGUACUUUGUGACGGUCUCAGCCAGCACAAAAGCUGGUUAUGGAAAAAAAAGUUCGGAAGUCAGUAAAAUAACAAGUGGAGGUAAUUCAGUCAGUAUGUACUAUUUACAACAUGAGCGGCCGAAGGCGAGAGUUUGUAUAUCCGAUACAACACGGACGCGAAUGUUGUAAAUGGCUGUAAUGGCUGGAAUGUUGUAAAUCAACAUGAAUCUGUAUCACAUAUACGGACACGACACGCUUAUGAUUUUUCUUUGGGUUUUCUUCAUGAAUUAUAAAUGAGUUUUUUAAUAAUAGUUGGCAUUUAUUUCAAAGAGCACUCGUUUGGACAAACCAGUCAUGAUUUGGACAAUAAAAUUGUGGUUUCCAUAGAACGAAGCAACGCAAUAAAACACAAAGAAUAUAAUAGAAUCCAAAUUCUAUAGAUAUAGUAAAACCUCGAAAAUUGUUACUCACAUAUACUUUUGAAGACGGCAAAAUAGGCUAUUGUAAAAUGGUACUCACCAGUUUAGGGACAUGGACAUGCAUGGACAUUGUCAUAGUGCUUUGAGUCUUGUGACGUGUGACAAUGCAUCCAUUAAUGUGUUUGGUAAUUUUGUUAUCUUUAGAGCCAGUAAAUCCACUCACAACGUCCGAUUACACCUUGAGUUUAAAUAUACCAAAACCAGCAGAAUAUAUUAGGUAAGUUUUUCACAUGAUUUACGGCCAAGGUAUUUGAACAGAGUCUGUGUUUAUAGAUGUAUAGUGCAAUAUAAUGCGACGUUCUCAAAUCUUUUCUAGGCAAAAAUAAACAGCGACAGUCUUUUUAUUUAAAAAGAUGAUCUAGCUGACGAAUUUGCACAGGGAAGAAAAUUUAAAUAAAUUAUACAUAUUUACUUGGAUAUAAACCUUUUGACUUUAAGGACUUUUAUGCUUCGAGCAUGCAGAGAAAUCCUGUCGAGAAGCUGAACUUGGCUUUUAUAGCCUUCUCAUGACCUUUUGAGCAGGCUCUGCAGGCUCAGCCUAGAGCUCGUUCUUAACCUAAUUAGUUGUAACAAUUGCACUAUUUGUACUGCGUUUAAUAAUUAUGUCGUAUUACCUCUGCUAACAGCACUUUGGUUUGUUGCUAUGUUUUUGUUUCUAUGUUGAAAUUUGCUGAUUUAGGGAAGUGGGGGUCAUUGUGCAAAUUGUCACAAAAGUUAACGGUCAAACACCAAGUCAAAAUAUUAAAACAAGCAAACUCAAACCUUACCAAACAAAGACACAAGAUCCUUAUAUCACUGCUUAUUUGAAAGCUGAAGUUCUACCUUUGACAUUUGUGAUCGGUGAUGGGAAGGUGUAUAGCUCUGAAAAAGAAAAGUACAUCAACCAACCUCUUGAAGAGAAUUCAAAUUAUAUCGUGUUCCUAAGAUAUUCUGAAAGCCAGGUAAAUAAAUAAGAUAUCGGAGUAAUUUGGUAAGAUAGUUAUACCACGUACUGAAUGAAAAGACAAGAUUUGCACACUAACAAUUAUGUUCUCGUUUAGGAUUCAUACUAUUCGACAGAGUGGAGCAAAAGCGUCAAAACUAUGAAAAAACGUCCAGGUAAAUGAAUCCCUUUUUCUAAGUUGGUUAUCUAGUUUCACUACAGGAGUUAGUACAUCACGACCUAUAGUACAACUUUCAGCAUAUUUAUUAAUUAAACUAAUUCAUGUCAACUAGAUGAUCAUCCGGAAAAUAUUUUAACCCAUUAUUGUAUCUUAAACAAUUGUUGUAUAAUAGUUUGGAUUUGCUUCUUAGAAAUCAUUACGUUUACUAAUGUAUUUCGCAGAGCUUUUAUCCCAUAUAUAAGUCAGGAUCUCGACCAACCCUUCCAGAUCAAUUAAAACCUUCAGAACUAAAUAAAAGAGUUUUCUUUUUCACAAGCCAAACUACUUCUACUUAUCGUCAUGCAAACUUAUGAGUGAUUUUUCAGAACAAUUGUCUGCGAACACCAACACCUGCCUGGAUGUCAUAAUACCUCCGGUUAUUUUGGCCUUAUGUUUGCUCCUCUCACUUGCUGUGAACGUAUACCAACGUCGUCGCCUUCAAAAUAAUAAUAGAAAGGAGAGUCAUAAACUGACAUCAAGACAAGCUGACCAAACAGGGACAUCCGGUACGUAUAUAAUCUUUUACAUUAGGUAACCAAAUUGACUUCAUAUAGCUUGUUUUUAUUGGAUAUUUAUAGCAAUUCACAAUUGCAUUCUCCGUAUAAUGGCCCAGUAAGAAGCAUCCUGUGUUGAUUCUGUGUUACGGCAUGUAGGAGGAAACCUGGAGGUGCAGUCAAGUCUUCCUUAUUUGGUCAGGUAUUACGAGAAAAGUCUGAGGUGUUUGGCAGAGUCAAACAAAAAGUGAAUUUUUUACCCAUGUUUCAAUAAUGUAUCUAAAUGUAUAUGGUUAAUGGCCGGGUAUGGAUAAAAUGGUAAAAAAAUAUAAAUCGUUGCACAGUUCCACUAUAGCUAGCAUCAAACGUUCACCUGCAUUGUGUAAAUAUUGUAGAUUCCACUCCAGUACCUCUAAAUAGCAAAAAAUCGAUGGAGGUCAUCGAACUGACUGCCGAGAGAGUUUCUUACGUGAAUGACGACACCAUAUAUGAAACUCCUGACGAUGUGAUAGAAAGUAUUGAAAGAUAUGAGGCUGAAUCUAAACAUAAGAUUUCUACAGAAGAGGAAACGUCCGCGUACAUAUCUUUGACAGACCACAAAGAACCUGAAAACUUUUAUCAACCUCUACAAACACUCCGCACCAGUGCUCAUCCACACGAUACGAAGGGUGUUGACGACCAGUCAGCAUUUAAUUUAAAUGUCAGUGCUGUUUAAUUUGAGGUAGAGCAAGUAGUUUGACUACCGGACAAUUGUGAUAUACUUAUCAGGGCUGAGAUAUAUAGAUCAAAACAAAUCUAAAUAUAAAAUAUAAAUUGCGAUGCGCCGAUGCCCAGAUAUAUCUUCAACUGCGCAAUUCAUCAGGAUCAAACAUUAUACAAUACAAUAAUAUUGUCUUUUAGUUUAAAACCCAAGUUGUUGCACAAUGUCAAUGUGCAGUGUAAGCUAAUCUAUGUUAUAGCAGAUAUGAUU